AUGCAGGGUCUGAAGGAACUCGAUAUUGUCUUUGACGAUCACCCUUAUCGCCAAGGCUACAACUCUGUGAAGAUGACAGCUGCUUGUAAUACUUUCAAGGACAACAUGGCCUACACGCUGGCAACUGAACGCACCGGUAAAUACAAUCUGAAGGUAUUCCGGCAAGCCCAAGAAAAGGCACGUCUAGACAUUGAUGGGGAGGGUCGUUUGUCGGAUGACAAGAAGCCUGGCAUUGUCUCAAGCCGUACUCGAUCUCGAGUUGCCAAAAACAAGUCACAUACUCCCGAUGGUGUUCUUCCACCCAGCGACGCUCCCAAGUACGCUCUCGAUGGUACUUUGGCCUGGUAUGUCAAGGACGUAUUGGACUGUCGCGAGAGCUCCAAUGAUGACGGAUCAACCGGUAUUGAGUUUCAACUCGACUGUGAAGUACGCGGGGGCAUCUACCGUCGAAAUUACUCCGAGGUUCGGACCGAAAUCUGUUGGGAGGACGCCUUGGUUGUUGGACCGCUGUCUCGAGACAAGAUUGUUACAUUUUACAAGAACAAUCCGGACAAGCCAGGAAUUUCGAUUGUCCGUGAUGAAUGGUUGCUUCAGGGUGAUCUCCAUGUCGAUGCACAGGUCAACAAGACAAGAAGUGCCAAGUCCGUCAAUUACCACCAUAUCGAUGGUCUCGAAGCCAUCAUGAAGAAGAAAGCCAAGGCUGAGGAGGCUGAGAAGGCUGAGAAGGCCAAGGAGGAUAAGGCUAAGGCAAAGGCUGACAAGGCUGCUGCUGCUAAAGCUAAGAAGGCGGCUGCUUGUCAGGCUAAGGCUGUGGCAAAGCCCGCUCGUGGUGGUAGAGGCAAGAAGGCUUAA